CUGCUGAAGCGCCGGCGAGACGAGGAGGCGGGCAGGGGUGGCUGCCGGCCGCGCGCCAACGGGCUCUGCAGCAUCUGGUACGGCCUCUGGGCCGGCGCCAUACAGGCCUUCCUCGCCGUUCAGGGGGCGCAGCGCAGCGUGCGCGCGGCGUCGGCGCUGGGCUGGUCGGCGGACGUGCAGGCGCAGGUGGCGCUGUGCGCGCUGGCGGCGCUGCUGCUGCCGCUGCUGGUGGCGGCGGCGUGCUGCCGCGUCGGCAACCUGGCCAACGACGGCGCCAAGCUGGGCCGGCACCUGGGCGCGCGCCCCGACCCCGCGCUCGCCGCGUCCUCGCCGCGCCUCUGGGCGCACGGCGGGCCCACCGCGCCCUUCCUGCACCUCGCCUCCGCCUUCUGCCUGCUGCUACCGACGCUGCUGCUCGACGCCCGCCUCCUGCACGAGGGGCUCCUGCCCAGGGAGGCGAUAUGGCACACCGACCUCGACUUUGUCGUUGGCAACCGUGACAGGUUGGUUGUUCUGAGUUUUCUGAGCACAACUCCAGCAACAACGCCGCUGUCUGUAGUGGAAGGUGGUCCGACAGUGGGAUCCGCCUCAGAUGGCAACAGCAGUGCACCAGCAACUGGUGGUGCACUUCCCACUCCACAACCACUAACUGCCACCAACAUGACCACGAGUGUACCACCCGCUGCGAGGCUCGCUAUCUCUGGAGACCAGCUGCGUGAACCCGCACUGACCAUCGGGCCAGUGUCCGCAGAGUUCGCCAAUUAUGCUGCCGCUUUACUCGUCUACGCCGUCCGAUACCCAGCUGUCUUCUGGCACACCAAUAAGGCAUUUGGAGCACUCUUCUCACUGCAAUUACUUGCUAAUGGAGUGCAGAGCCUGCUCGCCUAUGCUGGUGUCUGCGUUCUCUACAAGGUGCAGGUAGUCGGUGCUGCAGAAGCACUUCCCAUUCUUGGCAGUAAUGAGUCACCAUUCUUGCUCAAUCCAUUGGUCACAUUGGCGCUCUAUGUACUCUCCAGUGUGCUGGUUCUAGCAUCCAGUCUUGUCCUCUAUCUCUACGGUUAUGGCAGGUUUCUCUCAUUUGUGCAUGCGGAGCAAGAACGGCGGGCUGUGCUGGGACGGCGACCUGCAGCACGUGGCUGGGGGUACUUCACACACUGUGCAGCACUGUGUGCUCUGCUUGCCAUUGCUGUCUGCAAUGCGCCACUCCUGCAUGAUUACACAGCUGUAUAUCGUGGCAGCCUAGAUGGUGCAGUACUCGCAUGUGUAGUAGGUGGCAUUUCACACCUUCUACUCUGGGUGCUGUUGUGGCUCCUACUCACCAUUAAGCGACGCUGGGCUUUUCGUCUCCGGGUCAGUGUGGCUCGUGCCGAGGUGCGUUCGCCUCGGUCUGUGAGACUUGUGGCUGAUGUAAAGCUGUCAUCCCGUGAUGCGGGCCCUGGUGCACCACUACUUGUAAUAGGCAAUGGCCGCACCUAUGCUAUUACGGAGAGCUCACCAAAGCGUGCCAUCAUGAGUGUUGUGCACCGUGUUGCUGCUGAGCGAAAGCCAAAGGCUGCACAAAGUAUUGAUGAUAUAAAUGAGGAACAAGUGUACUGGUUGCGGCCAAAACCACCUUCACCAAAGACUUCUCCAGAUUCUGACAGAUUAACAUGGUUGAAUCGCAAAUUAAGCACAAAUACGAAACACAAAGUCACAUUUGAUGAUUCACUUUCAACAUCAAAGAAAGGAAAGUGUCUCUUAGCAAAGUCUCCCAAAAGUGGGAGCAAAGGCAAGAAGGGCCCACAGAAUGGUUUGGAGCAAGAGUCAGAAGAUGAUGGUGACUAUGCAACACUGCGAGAGCUGCCUCGAGCAGAAAAUGAGGAAAACAAGCUGCUGGAUUCAGCCUCUCGUGAAGACAGCUCCAGUACAUAUGGGCUUACUAACAAAGAUCUGACUCCUGGUGACUACGAAGAUCCCAGUCCCUUACUAACACCUGAGCCCCAUGGAGAGCCAAGCAGCUCUCACCCAGUAACGGCUCCUGUCACUGUUUCUGUUCACAACAGCUCAGAACCAAACCAGUUACAGAGUAUGGAAACACCACGCUGUUUACGAAGAGCUGAUUCAGGAAUGCCUCAUGAUGAACUGACACCACGAUCUGAUUCUGUCAGUACUGAAAGUUCUGGAGGUUCACCACCAUGUGGAAAUCACAGUGAAACAUCAAGUGGAGUGCAUUCAAAUUCCAGUUCAGAAAACCAGCCAGGGAGACGUUCAACAAGUGUUGACGAUCUCCCUGCAUCAGAACAGAAUCCUCGAACACAACCUCCUUGGCGCAGUUUUUCGCUCCAGAGGAAUGUACAGCCACCAACAUCAAAUACAGCAGUUCUCAAUCAAACUUCAGGUAGUGCAGGUGCAGCACCACCAUCUUUUGGAUUUUCUGGUGUAGCUGCCAUGCCUUCUACAAAUGCAGUUAUCGCUACUGAUGCAGGAACAGUAGGGGGAUGUCCUGCAGUCCUCCUUGAAAAUGCUGCAGAGAGCACAGUUGUUAUUCGCCGAAAGCAGGUGAGACCAAAGACGAGUGAUGGGACUCAGUCUCCUGUCCUUAAGGAUGAACCUUUUGGUCGUUCAACAAAUAUGAGAAUGACAUCAUUUACAGACAACCCGGAUGGCUCCAGGCCCGAACAAGAGAACUUCCCAUCAUCAUCAUCUACCUUACCUCACUAUCCAACACAACCUAUACCCAUGGCUGCUGUAUAUCCCCACUGUUCAACCAUGCCAUUACCAAGUAGUACAUCUGGAUCGAUUGUUCACAACACUACAAAUUCAUCAGGUACCGGCAGCUGUCACCUUUUCCCCAGACAACAUACCACAAUACCCACUCACCACAAUGGUGUCCGUCUAUUCAGUGGGCCAAACCCAUUUGUAAAACGUUUUCCACCAUACCACCACCAAGUUCUAAAUGGACGGCCACCACAUAUCGCACCUCCGUUAGGGCCACUGGUAGCGAUACAGGCAAAUUCAAAGACUUGUGGUGUGGAUCCACAAAACAGUGGCAUAGCUGUACAUCACACAUUUCCUCAGAUCACACCAGUUGUCAAGUACAAUCCUCAGCAGCUUCUUCACAAACAGGAUAGGGACUCAGCUAAUUUUUCAAUGGCAUCCAGUGGAGAUUCUGAUCAGUAUCUGCCUCAUAACUAAAGUUAAUUAGAGCAAUGGUGUAUUUUCAUCUACAGAAUAAAAGGCCAAAGGAAAAGGCUAGUGGUGUGAAUAUGAAAUGACAUUAGCUGCAUUAGUUAAAUUCAAUAUCCACAUUGUCAAAUGGUAAUGUGGAAACAUUGAAAGCAGUAGUGUGUAAUUUUUGUAAUGAAUUUGUAAGAUAUAUUAACAAAGUCCACCAAAACUUGUUUUAGAGUGAGUAUUAUUGCUUAAUUAAAUAUUACUGAAUUGUAUGAAGUAGACAUACUUUACAUUUUUAUAUUGAAGCUGGAAAUGCAAUGAACUCCGUUCAAGUGUUUUGUAAGCACGCAUUUGGUGAUUAGCGCUGUGUUAUUGUUGCUGCUGUUGAUCAUUUGAAGACAGUUAAGUAACUGACUGAUCAACAUGACCAUAUCCUUAUAUAUUUACUUAUAUAUUGUGUAAUUUUUAUGACAGAGCAUAUUUUAUCAAAAUCACUUAAAAUUGUCACUUGUGUAGCAUAUUAGCAGUUCUGAAACACAAUUAAAUCCCCUUACAGGCUUCUAUUUUUUUACUCUGUGUCAAGGUUUUUACAAUCUAUUCAAUUAAAUUUGAGGGCCAUAUAAAAAUUUAUGUAGUACAAGGUUCUCCUCCACAUUUGUAACACCAUAAUUUUAUAUGUCAUAUUGGAUACGAGUGCCAUUUUGGAUUCAGUAUUAAAAGUACAGUAGUAAACUUCAUUAGCUCAUUUUUACCUUUAUAAAUUAUACACAUUUAUAAGUGAAUAGUAAGUGAGUUUGAGUGUUGAAACUAAAGUGCACAAGCAAUGUGUAAUUAUUGACUGCAUUACAGUACCUCAGCAGUACUGAAGACAUACUAAUUUUAAGCUUUCUAGAAGUAUAACCAAGUUUUAAAAUGUUAAAAUAUAAAAAUUUUAAUUUAAAUCGCGAUACGGAUAAGUUAUCUCCUGUUGUAACUGUUGCUGUCCUGUGACACAGUUAUGUUGUUGUAUGUUGUUAACUUGUGAUACAUCUUCAAAUAUUAUCUUUCUACAUAUAUUAAGGUCACUUUUCUAUAUCCUAAAUGUUCCUCCUGUGCAUAACAAAGUCUUGAGCAUUAUUUUGUGACAAGACUUGUUUAACAUCAACAUUCGAGUAUGGCCUAUAAUGUAAUCAUUUAAGUUUAUUCUGGAACCACACUGGACAAAGUCAUCAAAUAUAUGGAAUAUUGUUGUUUUAUCCCCCAGUAUUAUCUAUUCUAUUGUUACUUAAAAUGGAAAAAUAUAUAUUUAAACUCUCUUUAUCACUCUGAUUAUAAAUAUUGUGUGGGUAUAUGUGCAAACACUGCUUGCAUUUAUAUCUGACAUUCAUUCCUUUUGACUCACAGUGUACAUUACAUCUGUUACUGCUGUAUCAACUACUGUUACAUGUACCAUACAGAUAAAUUUUAGGUUUUUAUUAGAGCUGUCAUCAGUGUGAACUUGCUUACUGCAAAAGUUUUAAGAACAGUAAAUGUAAAUAUAGGUGCACAGGUUAUGUAUUCUAUUUACGCAGAACAUGUUUGUUUGAUAUUGUUCAGAUCUAAUAUGCUUUCUAAUAAAUUAAUAUAAUAAUAAAGUGAUGAACAAGCUAUGAAUAGG